AUGGCUGAGCUGCAAAUCAACUUUUUCACUCUAGUGGAUGACAAAGAGCUGGCCAAACGACUGAAUGUAAGGUCACUCUAUUCUUCGUGGACCUCAAAGCGUGCUGGCAGUAGCAGUGGAGGUACGAGUUGUGUUGGCACUACUGGGGGGGGCAGUAGCAACAGCAGCAGUCAGAUUCUUUCACCCAUAUCUUCGAGUUCACUUUCUUCCUCUUCUUUGCAAUCUAACUCUACUGGGACUGGAAGCUCUUGUAAUAACUCCCUGGCUAGUCCAAAUUCUGAUUCUGGGUGUCCACGGACGUCUAGUGUCUGUCUUGUGCCGAAUACCUGUCAAGUGAGUGGAGAGGGUGGACCGAUUCCCGCUGACAUUCGAGCUGCUAUCACCACAUAUUGGCGCUUGAAACGCCGUUCUAAUUUCAACCUGCCUUUGAUUGAUCCGGCUCCACUUACCUGGCCUUCUGUGGAUGACCUUCAGAGCAAACGGGAUGCCUUAGAGGUAAAUUAG